AUGCGUUUCGAUCUGCCCGACGAUGGGAAACAUUUAGCCUUCGUGCGGCCUCAACCUAUUCGGAGAUCCGUCCUUUGGCGCCUGCCGCUAUCUUCUCCCUUGGUCGACCUCUUCACGGUCUACAGCCCACCGCUGAUGGAGCAACAGUCAGGCACGCCUCUGGCACCGGUUCCUGGCACCCGCUCCCUUGCGGCUGUCCCUAUAACGAACACAGCACCACCACAGUACCCCCACAACGAUCAGCAGGGGCAGGCAAAUUCUGAAAGGUCAUUGCCCUUUGCGGAGUCGUUGCGCCCACCGCCAGCCUACCAACUGCGCCGUCUCAUCUUUACCACCUAUGCCCUCGAUCUUAAUGCCACCUUCUACGUGCCACAUCUACCCUCCUACAUGGAAGCAGCCCUGUGGGAGGACAAAUUUUGUGGAACUCUGAAUUUGGUGUAA